UGCCCGAUCGCGCCCACCUGAGCCCGUCUGCGCCCACCUGAGCCCGUACGCUGGCGCCAUGGCGGAGCAGGAGAGCCUGGAGUUCGGCAAGGCGGACUUCGUUCUGAUGGACACCGUCUCCAUGCCCGAGUUCAUGGCCAACCUCCGGCUCAGAUUUGAAAAAGGGCGCAUCUACACAUUCAUUGGAGAAGUCGUUGUUUCUGUGAAUCCUUACAAGCCAUUGAACAUCUAUGGGCGAGACACAAUCGAGCAGUAUAAAGGACGGGAACUGUACGAGAGACCUCCUCAUCUUUUUGCAAUUGCGGAUGCUGCCUACAAAGCUAUGAAGAGACGCUCAAAAGACACUUGUAUUGUGAUAUCAGGAGAGAGUGGAGCUGGGAAAACCGAAGCCAGUAAAUACAUCAUGCACUACAUAGCGGCCAUCACUAACCCCAGCCAGAGAGCCGAGGUGGAAAGAGUGAAGAACAUGUUGCUUAAGUCCAACUGUGUCUUGGAAGCUUUCGGAAAUGCCAAAACCAACCGCAACGAUAACUCAAGCAGGUUUGGAAAAUACAUGGACAUCAAUUUUGAUUUCAAGGGCGACCCUAUCGGUGGACAUAUCAACAACUACUUACUGGAGAAGUCUCGAGUGAUUGUGCAACAGCCAGGAGAGAGAAGCUUUCAUUCUUUUUAUCAGCUCCUUCAAGGAGGUUCAGAGCAGAUGCUACGCUCUCUACAUCUCCAGAAAUCCCUGUCAUCCUACAACUAUAUCCACGUAGGCGCUCAAUUAAAGUCUUCUAUCAACGAUGCUGCAGAAUUCAAAGUAGUAGCUGAUGCCAUGAAAGUAAUUGGCUUCAAACCUGAGGAGACUCAAACGGUAUAUAAGAUUCUGGCAGCCAUUCUUCACUUGGGGAAUUUGAAAUUCGUGGUGGACGGUGACACGCCUCUCAUUGAAAAUGGCAAGGUUGUGUCUAUCAUAGCAGAGCUACUCUCCACCAAGACGGACAUGGUAGAGAAGGCCCUUCUCUACCGGACGGUGGCCACAGGUCGCGACAUCAUUGACAAGCAGCACACGGAGCAGGAAGCCAGCUACGGCAGGGACGCCUUCGCUAAGGCAAUAUACGAACGCCUCUUUUGUUGGAUCGUCACCCGCAUCAAUGAUAUUAUUGAGGUCAAGACCUAUGACACCACAAUCCAUGGGAAAAACACCGUCAUUGGUGUCUUGGAUAUCUAUGGCUUUGAAAUCUUUGACAACAACAGCUUCGAGCAGUUCUGCAUCAACUACUGCAAUGAGAAGCUGCAGCAGCUGUUCAUCCAGCUGGUGCUGAAGCAGGAGCAGGAGGAGUACCAGCGGGAGGGCAUCCCCUGGAAGCACAUCGAUUACUUCAACAAUCAGAUCAUCGUGGACCUCGUGGAGCAGCAGCACAAGGGGAUCAUCGCCAUCCUGGAUGACGCCUGCAUGAACGUCGGCAAAGUCACCGACGAAAUAUUCCUUGAAGCACUGAACAGUAAAUUGGGCAAACACGGCCAUUUUUCCAGCCGAAAGCUCUGCGCCUCAGACAAGAUCCUGGAGUUUGAUCGAGAUUUUCGAAUCCGGCAUUAUGCAGGUGACGUAGUCUAUUCGGUCAUUGGAUUUAUUGACAAAAAUAAAGACACUUUGUUUCAAGAUUUCAAGCGUCUCCUGUAUAACAGUUCCAAUCCUGUGCUGAAGGAUAUGUGGCCCGAAGGCAAACUGAGUAUUACGGAGGUGACCAAGCGACCUCUGACUGCUGCCACCUUGUUUAAGAAUUCGAUGAUCGCUUUGGUGGACAACCUUGCAUCGAAGGAGCCGUAUUAUGUACGUUGCAUCAAACCCAAUGACAAGAAAUCCCCACAGAUAUUUGAUGAUGAGCGCUGCAGGCACCAAGUAGAGUAUCUUGGACUACUGGAGAACGUGAGGGUGCGGCGAGCAGGGUUUGCCUUCCGGCAAACGUACGAGAAGUUUCUUCACAGAUACAAGAUGAUCUCUGAAUUCACCUGGCCCAACCAUGACCUUCCUUCAGACAAAGAGGCUGUCAAGAAGCUGAUUGAACAUUGUGGUUUUCAGGAUGACGUAGCUUAUGGGAAAACCAAAAUUUUCAUUCGAACACCCCGAACACUGUUUACCUUGGAGGAACUCCGUGCCCAGAUGCUCAUAAGGAUUGUCCUCUUUCUACAAAAGGUGUGGCGAGGCACGCUGGCCCGCAUGCGGUACAAGAGAACCAAGGCAGCUCUGACAAUUAUCCGGUACUACCGGCGUUACAAAGUGAAGUCUUACAUUCACGAGGUUGCCAGACGCUUCCACGGCGUCAAGACCAUGAAGGACCACGGCAAGCACGUGCAGUGGCCAACCCCACCUAAAGUUCUCCGCCGUUUCGAGGAGGCCUUACAGGCCAUUUUUAAUAGAUGGAGAGCAUCCGAGCUUAUCAAGAGCCUGCCUGCUUCCGACCUGCCCCAGGUCAGGGCCAAGGUUGCAGCCAUGGAAAUGCUGAAAGGUCAGAGGGCGGACCUUGGGCUCCAGAGAGCCUGGGAGGGCAACUAUCUUGCUUCGAAGCCAGACACACCUCAGACCUCAGGCACUUUUGUCCCCGUCGCAAACGAGCUGAAACGGAAGGACAAAUACAUGAAUGUCCUCUUUUCCUGUCACGUCCGUAAGGUGAAUCGAUUUAGUAAGGUGGAAGACCGAGCGAUUUUUGUCACCGAUCGUCACCUCUAUAAGAUGGAUCCCACUAAACAGUACAAGGUGAUGAAGACCAUUCCUCUGUACAACUUGACUGGUCUGAGCGUCUCCAAUGGAAAGGACCAACUUGUAGUGUUCCAUACAAAAGACAACAAAGACCUCAUUGUCUGCCUUUUCAGCAAACAGCCAACCCAUGAGAGUCGAAUAGGAGAACUUGUUGGCGUCCUGGUGAAUCAUUUCAAGAGUGAGAAGCGCCACCUUCAAGUCAACGUCACUAACCCCGUGCAGUGCAGCCUGCAUGGCAAGAAGUGCACGGUCUCCGUGGAGACGCGGAUCAACCAGCCAGAGCCCGACUUCACCAAGAACCGCUCCGGCUUCAUCCUCAGCGUGCCGGGGAACUGACCGCUCAUCGGGGAGGCCUUGCAGCCCCCGUCUGACUUGCUGACUCCCUGCUACCGCCCGCUAGAAAUCAGCUCACAAGGGUCCUCCAUGCUUGGGGCCGAGCCCCUCUUCUGCCUCCUCCAGGGCUCCUCCCCUGAGGUUUUCUUGCUGGUUUUCUGCCUUCGGUCUCGAUCCUCCUCUCCCCCAACUUUCCACAGCCCUCACUCAACACACCAAAGACCCCAGUGCCCUGCCACAGACCCCCGGGCUCACCUCAACCACAGCUCCCCACAGAGGCCAUUCCAUGUCGGCAGAGGCCCCUGCCACCACACCCCCCACCCCCGUUGGCCUGUUCAGGUCUGCAUGCCCUGACCCAGUGACCUGCACCUGACCCCACAAGGGGUGGAUGCAGUUUUCCCAACCCAAAUGUGCUCCCCUGAGGGGCUUGGGGGGGAGAUGGUCCGCAGAUGAGCUGGGGAUAUAGCCCUAUUCUCGCCAUAAGCACAGCCCACCACCCCUUUCCCCUAAGUGUCCCUGACUCAGAGCUCCUCAGUGGCCCCUCUCCCCAGCAGUCAGCCAGAGCCAUCAGGGAGGUGGGUUCACCUGUCAGGCCGGCCCCUCAGCCCCUGGCCAGAACAGCCGUGCCCAGCUGGCGGGCCAGCCUGCACAUCCCCCUGCCCCCCGCCCCCGGGGCCACAGGCCACCUCUCCGGGAGAGAGCAGAGCAAGGGGCUCCAAGGCCCAUCUUAACUGCAUGGCCUGUGCCCAUGGCAGCCACACAGUGACGUGUGCAACACUCAGGGCUGCACAUCGGAUAUGGUGUCUGCUGUGCCCACACUCCCGGCGGGAGCACCAAUUAGAAAACAGAGUUCUAGAGUGCAGGGAGCACUCCAGGUGGCAGCAGGGCGGGGGUCUGAAGUUUUCUCCUUCUGACACCUCUGUUUCAGACACAUUUGGAGAACAAGGACCAGGGCCAGAGGGGCAGAGUGACGGGAACAGAGUGGGGGGGUCCUGGCACUGCAGGCCAGGCCAGGAUGCCGCCCGCAGCCCCGCAUACACCUCCCCACCCCACCCCCACAGCUGGGGCCCAGGCUGGGCCUGCAGACCUCAUGCCAGGAGAGUGCCAGGCUAGGCCCAGCAGGAUGCUUCCUGAGACCCAUCCGCUCCUGAGCCUCGGCUGAGGACGCUGCCCCAAGCCCCCGAGCAGCACGGGCUGCCCAGGCCAGGAGACUUAAAAGGAGAGACCUGGGACACCCCAAUGUGGGGAGGAGGCUGAGGGGGAGCCCACAGCCCACAACGCUGACGUUCUCCUCACUUUUUAUGCCACAGAUCUGCCCACUCCCUCCUCCCACCACCUCCCCCUGCUCCCGAGCUGCCACCCUGACUCCGCAACACACACUAGUGCCUGGGCGCAGCACCCUGCCCCCCGCCGUGCCUGGCCCAGCGCCUGCCACCAUGAGCUGGCCGACCUGCCAGGUGGUCCCAGCAAGCAGCCUGGUUUUCCCCACAGCCCCCUGCCUGACUCCCCAUGGCCCCCAGAACCGCAAAACCUUUGCACCAUGUGCAGUUUGCGACAAAGAAUCCUCUUGGCAUCCGGUCCUUAGAAAGCCUUUCUCAUUCUGGAAGCCCAGUCAGCUGCCCACCGGCAGAGGCACCACCAGCCUGUUGAGCCGCGGGGUUUUGCCAAUCACCUUGACACUAGCGGAACCAUCCUCCCUGGGAUGGCGCCUGCUCUCCUUUCCACUCAUUUCCCAAACUUGUUGCUUUAUGCUAGAGACGUGCACAUGUAUGUUUUAGAUGCACCAAAAUGGAACAUGCCAAAAGGAGUGCCUUUCCCGGGCUGGGGAGGAGGGUGGGGGGUGGGGUCCUUCGUGCUGCCUCUCGGGGUUGCCUGGGGCUCCUCUGCCCCUUGCAGCCGAGGGCCAGUCGACAAGCACUUUUUCCUGAUGUCCUAGCAGAAGCCCCAGUAUGUGGCAGCUGGGGUAGGCUCCGGCCUUCAGGGUGUGAGCUCGGCAGAGCCUCCAGGUGCUGGGGGAGGGGGCGAGCAGGAGGACACAGUGAUUGUAUGCAAUGAAGUGUUUCUCUUGAUCUAAUUAAAUGCAGUUUUAUGGUUUGCUGCGUUUAUUCCUAUUUUCCAUUAAAUUAACUUUAUUUCUAGAGCAUAUUUUGAUUUACCAUCAAGAGCAAUAAAGCAUUAAAUCUUA